UUCUCUGAACAAAACAAAACCUCUUCAUCUUCGUUUCUUCAAAACCCGAACCCGAUAAUGGAAAAUGAGCGACCCGCGUGGAGACCCGACCCGUUUCACAGCACGGCUCCCCGUGACCCCAUGGAGUUCCUCUCGCGGUCGUGGAGCGCCUCCGCGAUGGAAGUCUCCAAGGCUCUCUCUUCGUCUCAACAGCUUCCACCUUGUUCCAAAACCAACAACAACAACAACCACCUUAACCUCUGUUCCAACAAUUCUAAUGCGUCUGUGAUACUCGAAGACAUAGCGGGAGAAGUUGAAGAAUCCGCCACUGUUUCUGGCAACCCGUUCUCCUUUGCUUCCUCUGAGACCUCGCAGAUGAUUAUGGAUCGUAUCAUGUCUCACUCCUUUGGUCAGCAGGAGGUAUCGCCAAGGACCUCAGGAAGGCUCUCUCACAGCAGUGGCCCUCUUAAUGGCUCCCUGACAGACAGCCCCCCGGUUUCCCCUUCUGAGAUUGACGAUUUCAAGUAUAACCGUUCGAACAACAACCACAACGCCACCAGCAUCAUCACCGGUCUCAAUGGUCAAUACUGGGGUGCCGGCGGCGCUGCCGCCGCCGCCGCCGCAGGCGGUGGUAAGACAGUGGGGAGGUGGCUGAAGGACAGGAAGGAGAAGAAAAAGGAGGAGACCAGGGCGCACAAUGCUCAGCUCCACGCUGCUGUUUCGGUUGCUGGCGUCGCUGCCGCAGUUGCUGCCAUCGCCGCCGGCACUGCCGCCUCUUCCGGUUCCGGAAAGGACGAGCAGAUGGCAAAGACUCACAUGGCGGUGGCAUCGGCGGCCACUCUGGUGGCAGCCCAGUGUGUGGAGGCGGCCGAGGCCAUGGGUGCCGAGCGCGACCACCUGGCCUCGGUGGUCAGCUCCGCCGUGAACGUGAGGUCCGCCGGCGACAUCACGACGUUGACGGCAGCUGCAGCCACAGCUUUACGCGGUGCUGCCACGUUGAAAGCGAGGGUCCUUAAGGAGGUUUGGAAUAUAGCAGCCGUGAUUCCUGUGGAGAAGAAUUUGGGUGGCGGUGGUGGCGGCGGUGGCGGCGGAGGUAACGGUAGCGGUAGUAAUGGCAGCUCUAAUAGUAGCUUCAGUGGUGAAAUUGUGCCAGAAGAAAACUUCUUGGGUAUCUGCAGCAGAGAAUUGCUGGCCAGAGGUUGUGAACUUCUCAAACGCACACGCACCGGUGAACUGCAUUGGAAAAUUGUAUCCGUUUACAUAAACAGGAUGAACCAGGUUAUGGUGAAGAUGAAGAGCAGGCACGUUGCUGGGACCAUCACAAAAAAGAAGAAGAAUGUGGUGCUUGGAGUGAUCAAAGACAUGCCUGCAUGGCCCGGUCGCCACUUGCUUGAAGGUGGAGAGAACCGUCGCUACUUUGGUUUGAAAACAGUGAUGCGUGGUGUUGUUGAAUUUGAGUGCAGAAAUCAGAGAGAGUACGAUGUGUGGACUCAGGGUGUGUCAAGGCUUCUAUCUAUUGCUGCUGAGAGGAACAACAGAAACAGAAUAUGUAACGUUUGAUUGUGAAGAAAUUUUGGGAUUUGGGAAAAGGGAAAAGGGUAAAGGGAAAGGGAAAAGGGAUGAUCCUUGCUUGUAUGAUUGAUGAUGAUAAUGAUCUAAUGAACAUGGUAGUAUAUCUUUUGAUACUUGACGGGGUUGGGGGUUUGAUCCAAAUGUAAAAAAUUGAAAUGAAGUUCCAAUUAUGUUAUAUGAGGGUUUUCUUUCUUUCUUUUGGAUAUUUUUAUGUAUUUUUUGAAUGGGAAAAGUUGGAGAAAAUCAUGUGAA